GUUGAUUUUUCAAUCAUUGACUCCACAUUGACUCACCUUCAACGACUUCAUCUUUCCCCACCUUCAGUCGUGCUCUGCUUUCCUCAUUUUCUCCAAACCGAAAAACUCAGCAAAAAUCACACCAUGCAAAUGGAAAAGCUUCUUCUUUUUCUCCUCUUGUUCUUCUCAAUCCUGCUUUCCCCUGCAGCUUACACUCCCCCAGAUCACUUCUUCAUCAACUGUGGCUCAGAUACAAACACAAACGUCAGCGGCUACCCGAACCGGACCUUUAUCGGGGAUUUGAUCUACCCAGGUCCCUUGUCUUUUACCAAACAGAAAAGCAAAGUCAUAACCAACAGCCAGAUAUCAGAUGUUCUGUACCAAACAGCAAGAGUUUUCAAGCAGCAGUCUUUCUACGAGUUUGACAUCGACACUGCUGGGAUUUAUCUGGUACGUUUUCAUUUCUUCAAUUCAACUGAUGUCUCCACAGCUGUUUUUUAUGUUUCGACCGCUCGAUUUUCCCAGUUGAAAAAUUUCACCGUUCCAAGAAGCAGUACCAACGAUAGCAAUUCUCCCCUCAUAGAUGAAUUCCUCCUAAACAUCACUCAAGGAAAAUUUUCAAUCUACUUUACCCCUCAUGGAUCCUCUUUCGCCUUCAUAAACGCCUUAGAAGUCUUCCUUGCCCCGGCAAAUUUCAUCCCUGACAAGGUUCCAACUCCACCUAAUAAAAGUUACAGUGGUAUCCUCUCCCACGCUUUACAGACAAUUUACAGAAUCAAUGUUGGGGGAGAAAAAGUAACACCAGAUAAUGAUACCUUAUGGAGGACAUGGAUACCUGAUGACAAAUUUUUAUAUAAUUCGAGCAUGGCAAAGAAGAGCACACCGUCUUCGGCUAGGCCUAACUAUGAAAAAGGAAAUGUUACUGUGUAUAUUGCACCUGCUCCGGUGUACAAAACUGCCAUAGAGAUGAACACAAAUGGUAGUAAUUACCCAGACACAUCCAAUGUGACAUGGUCCUUCAAUGUGUCUAAGAAUUCUAGGCAUUUUGUUCGGGUUCAUUUCUGCAACAUUGUUGGCAAAUCAGUGGGUAGCAUUAUAUUCAAUUUGUACCUAAAUGGCAACUACUCUCGGAAAAUUGAUCCCCAUGAGAUAGUAGGCGAGUUGGGGGUGCCAUUUUGCCUGGAUUUUGUAGUUGAUUCAGAUGAAUCGGGGGCUAUGAAUAUCAGCAUUGGUCCCUCCAAAGAUUCGCUGGACACUUAUACUGCAUUUUUGAAUGGAGUGGAGAUAAUGGAGAUCAUGGGGGAAUCAAGUGUAGUUAUCAAGCCAGAUAAAAGUACGAAAACUGUCUUCCCUGUGGUCGGUCCUGUUGUUGGGGGUCUACUUGUUUGUGUCUUGGCAGUUGGAUUGUUUAUUGUUUUGAAGAAGAGGAAGAGAACAUCCGUUAAAACUUCAGUUUGGUCAUUGUUCAGUGGACACGGCGGCGGAAGUUCAGAUAGCAAGGGGACCUAUAGAACCAUCAAUGUCUCCCAGGUCCCAAAUUUGAACCUUAGCCUAAUAAUUCCCUUUACCGAAAUUCAGUCCGCUACAAAGAAUUUUGAUGAGAAGCUGGUGAUCGGAAGGGGUGGAUUCGGAAAUGUUUACAGAGGAAUACUCAAAAACGGCUUGACAGUUGCCGUGAAACGGAGUCAACCAGGGUCCGGCCAAGGGUUUGAUGAAUUUCUAACGGAAAUCAUGAUCCUAUCGAAAAUCCGCCACCGCCAUCUUGUUUCCCUGAUUGGAUACUGUGAUGAAAGGUUUGAGAUGAUACUGGUUUAUGAAUUCAUGGAAAAGGGGACACUGCGGGAUCAUCUUUACAACACAGACCUGCCGUUUUUGUCCUGGAAACAGAGGCUUGAAAUCUGCAUCGGUGCAGCCAGUGGCCUUAAUUACCUCCACAAAGGUUCUACCGGAGGUAUCAUCCACCGUGAUAUCAAGACGACAAACAUUCUGCUUGAUGAAAACUUCAACGCCAAAGUUGCAGAUUUCGGGCUCUCCAAGUCAGCUCCGUUGAACGAAACCCAUGUAAACACAGGGAUCAAAGGCACAUUUGGUUACCUGGAUCCUGAAUACUUCCAGACACAACAAUUAACUGAGAAAUCCGAUGUUUACUCCUUCGGCGUUGUGCUUCUUGAGGUGCUAUGUGCAAGACCGGUUAUUAUUAGUAGAGAUCCCCAGCUUCCAAUGGAACAGGUGAACUUAGCAGAAUGGGGACUUCUCUGCCACCGAAAAGGGUUGCUUGACACGAUCGUGGAUCCAUCAAUAAAGGGUGAGAUCAAUCUCAACUCACUGAGGAAAUUUGCAGAGACGGCGGAGAAAUGUCUGCAGGAAGAUAGUGUGGAUCGACCAAGCAUGGGCGACGUGCUGUGGGACUUGGAGUAUGCUUUACAGCUCCAGCAAACUGGAUUGUACAGAGAGCCCCACGAGGACAGCACUAUUGAGGCUACCUCCGAUUUACAAAUGAUCAACGUCCAGCGACUCCCUUCACAUAGCUUGCAAAUUGAGAGAGACGAGUUGCUCAUUCUGGGGGAGAGCAUCACAGAUGAGUCUUUGCCAUCGGCCAGUGAAGUUUUUUCACAACUGAGAAUCAACAAUGCACGAUAAGGCCUUUAAUUCUCUUUCAAACUAGUCUUUAAAUAUGAGACUGCACUUUGUAUUAGGAUUAGUCGAUUGUGUAUUAGGAUCAGUCGAUCACAAUCU